ACACAUUUACCUUCAUCAGUUAAGCAGCGACUCCCAAGGUGAAAACAAGCUCAGCAUUUGUCUCCGAAGGCAACACAGUUCGUCACUGAAUUACAAGUCCGUUGAAGUUUUUGCGACUCCUGCCCAGGGAGAAAGAAUCUUCACGAUGCCCAGGCUAUCGCUGUGGCCCAACAAGUGCCGGGCGUGCAGGGGCCAGCCCACGCCCCCGCCGUGCUACCAGUGCACCUUCAACCUCCAGACGCCGCCCCCGAAGUACAAGUCGCUCCCCAGCCACGUCCGGGACAACGCGCACUGGGAUCGGAGUCCUUCCCGGGAGGAAAGCGCGCCGUCCUUCUAUCUCAGCGAGUCCGACGUCCUGGACGAGGAGCAGGAGCAGGAGAUCGUCACCCGACGAAGCUUUUCCGAGUUCGAGUUGCCCCGCGGCUUGAGCACGCUCGCCGCCACGCAGCAGGGCGACCUUUCCGUCCAGAUGCUGGCGCAGUCCCUCAGGCAUAUUGCCCUCGCCUUCGUGCCCGCCGAUGCCACGGCGACGCAGCAUGAGGCCCCGACGCCCCCGAGGAGGUCGAGGCACCGGAGUUCGCCAGCCUUCUCCACCUCGAGCAGACACGACCUCCUAAGCAGACGCAGCUCAGGACCUCUCGUUCCGCCACAUUUGGACCGCCCCGAGAGACCUCCCUGGGCCACCAGUACGACCAGCACCUCCCAGUCCUCUCGCUCGUCCUCGCCAGGUCCUCAGAACCUCCUCUCGGCGCUCACCAGCAGGUUCUCAGCGGGUUCCGAUCUCUACGAACUCCUCAACGCUCCUGUGGGAGAGCCGCUGUCACCGCGGUGCUCGCCUCUGCCGUGUCAGCUCCUUAUACCAGAGUGAAGGAGCAGUUUUUUUUGUUUUUGUUUUUGUUCUUCCUGUUCUUUCGACGUAGGAGGAGGCCUUGUGUCGUUGUUCGGCUCUCCUUCGUCGAGUGCUAAAACCUGAGUCAUGGAUCUGCUUUCUUCUUCCAUUUCUUCAUCUCCUCAUCCCCCUUCUUCUUGUUUUUCUUUCUCCUCUUCAUCUCCUCCUCCUCCUCUUCCUUCUUGUUUUUCUUCUUCUUCUUUUCUGUUAUCAUUAUCAUUCUCUCAUCGUUCUUUUUCUACUUUUUUACUCCAUACAUCCCUCCUCCUCCUUUAUCAACAACUCCACAUACCAUAGUGAAGGAUCUGCUCUUGUUAUUUUCCCCGUUCUUUCAAGGCGUGAAAGAGCACUUGGAAAUAUCUUAAUAUUACGCAAAGAAAAAAAAGACAAAAACACAAAAACAAAAAAUAUAUAUAUAGUGUUCAAAGACCGUAUAUAUACCAAUUUACCCACCGCUUGUGAAUUUGUUGUGAUGAAAUAUGUUAUCUUUUGGUUAAGAUAAUUGAGAUAAGACAUAGAUGGUUAGUUUAUAAGGAAGACCAGUGGCUAUGUUAGCCUGUGAUGUAAAUAUUUUAGUCUGUGAUGUAAAUAAUUUUUACCUGUGAUGUAAAUAGUUUCAUGUAAUGUUCAUCGUGUAUAUUCAUAUUUCAUUGUUUUUCUUUAUGCUUUAUGUUAUUUAAUUCACUUUGCACAUCAUACAUUUUAGUAAAAUAAGUUAAAAGAA